AUGACAGACAUAAGGGCGGCCUUUGCUGCUCAACAGAAUGGUGCCGGUGCGAAGGCGAUGGCAUCGGGGGCCACCGGUAGUCCCAAGGUCGGCGGAAAGUCGAUCGAAAAGAUCUACCAGAAAAAGUCGCAGCUCGAGCAUAUCCUGCUCCGUCCGGACACGUACAUCGGUUCGAUCGAGAUGCUGAAGGAGCAGAUGUGGAUCUACGACAAGGAGGCGAACAAAAUGGUACAGAAGGAGAUCACGUACGUGCCCGGAUUGUACAAGAUCUUCGACGAGAUUCUCGUGAACGCUGCCGAUAACAAGCAGCGCGACGCGAAGAUGAGCACCAUCAAGGUCGAGAUCAAUCAGGAAACGAACACCAUCUCCGUGUGGAACAAUGGUCAGGGCAUUCCGGUCGUGAUGCACAAGGAGGAGAAAAUGUUUGUACCGACGAUGAUUUUCGGCCAUCUGCUGACGUCUUCAAACUACAACGACGAAGAAGCGAAGGUUACGGGCGGACGGAACGGUUUCGGCGCUAAGCUGUGCAACAUUUUCAGCACCAAGUUCACCGUCGAGACGGCCACGAAGCAGUACCGGAAGUGUUUUAAGCAGACAUGGGGCGAAAACAUGUCCAAAGCAUCCGAGCCGAAGAUCAAGGAAGAUUUCAAUGGAGAAGACUACACGAAAGUUACCUUUUCACCCGAUCUGACCAAAUUCAAGAUGGAAAAGUUGGACGACGACAUCGUUGGUUUACUGUCGCGCCGCGCAUUCGACGUCGCUGCGUCGACGCGCGGUGUGGCCGUAUAUCUGAACGGGUCGCGUGUUCCGGUAAAGUCGUUCAAGGACUACGUCGAUCUGUUCCUGAAGGACGCCAAGGACGACGUUGGCGGGCAGGUGAAGCUUACGUACGAGUCCGUAAACGAGCGAUGGGAGGUCGCGGUCGCCAUUUCGGAGCGCGGAUUCCAGCAAGUUUCGUUCGUCAACUCGAUCGCAACGACCAAGGGCGGUCGGCAUGUGGACUAUGUGACGGAUAUGAUCGUGAAGCAGCUGACGGAGGUGCUGAAGAAGAAGAACAAGGGCGGCGUCAGCAUCAAACCGUUCCAGGUGAAGAACCAUAUGUGGGUGUUCGUCAAUUGUCUCAUCGUCAACCCAACGUUCGACUCGCAAACGAAGGAAAACAUGACCCUGCAGUCGAAAAGCUUCGGCUCGAAGUGUAACCUUUCGGAGAAGUUCAUUACGGCGGUGGCGAAAAGUGGCAUCGUCGAGUCGGUGCUGCAGUGGGCCAAGUUCAAAGCUCAAACCGAUCUGGCCAAGACGUCCGGCUCAAAGAAAUCGAAAAUCAAAGGUAUUCCGAAGCUCGAGGAUGCGAACGACGCCGGUACGCGCAACUCGCUGAACUGCACCCUCAUCCUGACCGAGGGAGAUUCGGCCAAAACAUUGGCCGUCUCGGGCCUGGGGGUGGUCGGGCGCGAUACGUACGGUGUGUUUCCGCUGCGCGGUAAACUGCUGAACGUGCGCGAAGCAACGCACAAACAGAUUCUGGAGAACGCCGAAAUCAACAAUCUGAUCAAGAUUCUCGGUCUGCAGUACAAGAAAAAGUACCUGACGAUGGACGAUCUGAAGAUGUUGCGGUACGGCAAGGUAAUGAUCAUGACCGAUCAGGAUCAGGAUGGGUCGCAUAUCAAGGGUCUGUUGGUGAACUUCAUUCACACAAACUGGCCUGAGCUGUUGCGUCUGCCCUUCCUGGAAGAGUUUAUCACACCGAUCGUAAAGGCGACCAAGAAGAACGGUACCGAACUGUCGUUCUUUUCUCUGCCCGAGUUCGAGGAGUGGAAAGCGGAAACGCCAAACGCGCACACGUUCAACAUCAAGUACUACAAGGGUUUGGGCACGUCCACGUCGAAGGAAGCGAAGGAGUACUUCCAAAACAUGGAGCGCCACCGAAUCCUGUUCCGCUACGAGGAUACGGGCGACGAUGAUGCGAUCAUGAUGGCGUUCUCGAAAAAGGCCGUUGACCAGCGCAAGGACUGGCUGACGGCGCACAUGGAAGAGUGCCGCCACCGGAAGCAGGUCGGGCUGCAGGAGCGCUAUCUGUACACGAAAACAACGAAAGCGAUUUCCUAUAAAGACUUCAUCAACCUCGAGCUUGUGCUGUUCUCCAAUUCCGACAACGUGCGUUCGAUUCCGUGCGUGCUGGACGGCCUAAAGCCUGGCCAGCGGAAGGUGCUGUUUACGUGCUUCAAGCGUAAUGACAAACGUGAGGUGAAGGUGGCCCAACUGGCCGGCUCGGUGGCGGAAAUGUCCGCUUACCACCACGGCGAGCAAUCGCUCUGCGGUACGAUCGUCAACCUGGCGCAGAACUUUGUCGGCAGCAACAACAUCAACCUACUGUACCCGGGCGGUCAGUUCGGUACGAGACUCACCGGUGGCAAGGACAGCGCGAGUCCGCGUUACAUUUUCACCAUGCUGUCGGCACUGACACGCCACAUUUUCCACCCGCUGGACGAUCCGCUGCUCGAGUACCAGUACGAGGACAAUCAACGCAUCGAACCGGUCUGGUACCUACCGAUCAUACCGAUGCUGCUGGUGAACGGAGCGGAAGGCAUCGGGACCGGGUGGUCGACCAAAAUUCCGAACCACAAUCCGCGCGAUGUGAUCGCCAACAUUCGGCGCAUGCUGAACGGCGAGGAACCGAAAGUACUGAAUCCGUGGUACAAGAAUUUCCGCGGGCUAGUGGAGUCGGUUGGACCGGCACGGUUCCUCACGGUGGGAAAUGUAAGUAUGCUGGACAACCAGAAAAUCGAAAUUUCCGAACUACCGAUCGGAACAUGGACACAAACCUACAAAGAGAACGUGCUGGAACCGUUGCUGCACGGUUCGGAGAAGCAAAAGGCGGUACUGGCCGACUACAAGGAGUACAACACGGACACGACGGUGCGGUUCGUGAUAUCCUUCUUGCCGGGCGAGUAUGCAAAGUUGUACGGCGAAGAGGGUGGCUUUCAUCGGGUGUUCAAGCUGACGGGCUCAAUAACGACCUCGUUGAUGAAUGCGUUCGAUGAAAAUAAUUUCCUCAAGCGCUACGAUCACGCCAACACCAUCUUCCAAGAAUUCUACGUCAUUCGUCUGGAGUACUAUGGGAAGCGUCGUGAAUAUCUGCUCGGCAUGCUUCAGGCCGAAGCGGACAGUAUGUCGGACAAGGCGCGCUUUAUCAUGGAGAAGUGCAGCGGGGCGCUGGUGGUGGAGAACAAGAAGCGCAAGGUACUGAUCGAUGAGAUGAUCAAGCGCGGUUAUCGGCCCGAUCCGAUCAAGGAGUGGAAGCGGCGCGUGCAGUCGAGCGCAGAGCAGGAAGAAGAGGAAGCAGCCGGCGGCGAUGGCGAAGAGGGCGAAGCGGAUGAGGAGCAGGAGGAUGUUAAACCGGCCAAGGCAUCGUCGUCGUCGAAGAAGGGUGCCGCAGCGCUAACGGCGGCCGAUCCCGAGAAAGCCUUCCAGCGACUGACGGAUGUGAAGAAGUUCGAUUAUCUGCUCGGCAUGUCCAUGUGGAUGCUGACGGAUGAGCGCAAAAACGAAAUCCUGAAGCAGCGUGACCAAAAGUUGGCCGAAUUGAAAGCGCUGCAGGCGAAGACCCGCGAAGCGCUCUGGAUGGACGAUCUGGAGCAGCUCGAGCGGAAGCUGAACGAGGUUGAAGAAAAGGAGCGUUUGGACGCAAUCAGCACGGAGAAGAAGCUGAAAAUGGCCUCCUCGAAGGCGGUGACCGUUGGUGGGCGUAAGCAAAUGGCCAAGAAAACAGCGAUCGACGACACGAAGCCGUCCACGGAUGCCGAGGAAGUACGUUUCCGGGUGACGGAGGAGUUGUUGAAGAAGUAUGAAAAAGCUGCGGCCGUCUCAGCGGCCGGUAAGGUGAAGAAAGAAAAGAAGGAACCGGGUGAGAACGGCGGGGACGGAGGCGAUGAAUUUGAUGCGCUGGUCGAAGGCAAUGGAGAAAAACCGAAGCCGAAGCCGCGCGUUAAGAAGGAAUCGAAAGAACCGAAGCCGAAGAAGGAAAAGGGCUCUCCGGCGGAGAAAGGGAAGGCUCCACGGGGUCGGAAGAAAAAGGCCACAUCGUCGGAUGAUGAUGACGGAGCGUUUAACUCGGAUUUGAGCGGCGAUGAGUUUGCUCCGCCAGUCGCCGUUCCGACGCGAGAGAAGACGGGACGUCGUGCAGCGGCCACGAAGAAAGUUAACUACUCAUUGAUGGAUGGUGGCGAAGAUGAGGACGAUGCCGAGUUCGAUCGUUCGGACGACGAAAUGUUUGACAACAAUCAAGGAGGAGCAGCAGCCGCAGCUGGCGGAGCACGCGGUGCAUUGGACGGCGACGACAGUGACGUUGAAGAGGUACAAGCAAGCCGACCCGCCACCGUUAACCUGGAUGACGACGAGGAUGAUGAUUCGUCGCCGAUAAAGAAACGGAAACCGGGACCACUCAAGCGGACGCUCGGACCGAAGACGGGCGAUGCCGGGAAACCGCCGACAGCCAAACGCGGUCGCAAAAUUGCGGAUCACAGCAGCGAGGAAAAGCCCAAAAAGAAAACCAAAAAGAAAAUCAUUGAUAGCGAAAGUGAUCCGCCAAGUGAUGACGAUUUCGACUCGGAUUACUAAACUAAUCGCGACCGGCAACAACAGAUGGCCACAUGAGCGACGCAACUCUAGCAAC